AAUUUUGCCAUAGACGCCAUAUUGAAGCGAAUUAUUAUUGAAGAAAAAUUUGUAUUUUUUUAAAUAAUGUCGGAUAGCAACGAGUCUAAACCGGUAGAAGAUGGAAAAAGUCUUGUUGGGAAAUGCUUUAUAGUUGAUAAAUUUAGUAAACAACUCAAAGCUACUGUUAUAGAAGAGAGAAUAGUAACUCCAGAUAGCUUUGAGUAUUAUGUACAUUUUGAAGGGCAGGAUAGAAGAUGGGAUAGAUGGCUGAAAUCAGAAGAUUUAAAUAAAGCAGUAGAAGUAAAACCUGGUCAAGAGAUGAAUGACAAUGAAUUUGUUAGUGAUCGUAAAGUAACAAGAAAUUAUAAAAGAAGACACGAUGAAAUCAAUCAUAUUCAAAAAUCAUAUGAAGAAAUGGAUCCCACCACAGCAGCUUUAGAGAAAGAGCAUGAGCAAAUGACAAAAGUUAAAUAUAUAAACUGUAUAAGAAUAGGAAAGUACGAAAUAGAUACUUGGUAUUUUUCACCCUAUCCAGAGGAAUAUGGAAGACAUCCAAAAAUGUAUAUUUGUGAAUAUUGUCUUAGAUUUCAUAGAUUUCCCAAAUCCUAUAUUGAUCACAUAUCAAAGUGUCGUCAUAGACAGCCUCUAGGAGUAGAAAUUUACCGAAAAGGAACAGUUUCAGUUUAUGAAGUUGAUGGAGCUAAAGAUAAAAUUUAUUGCCAAUGUUUAUGUUUAUUAGCAAAGUUGUUUUUGGAUCACAAAACCUUAUAUUUCGAUGUUUCACCGUUUCUCUUUUACGUUUUGGCUGAAGUUGAUAAAGAGGGAGCUCAUAUUGUUGGCUAUUUUAGUAAAGAGAAAAUCUCACCGGAAGGCAAUAAUGUUGCUUGUAUUCUAACAUUACCACCCUUUCAACGAAAAGGCUACGGAAAAUUUUUAAUAGCAUUUAGCUAUGAAUUAUCUAAACGGGAGGGAAAACAAGGCUCUCCUGAAAAACCAUUAUCAGACUUAGGCAAAUUGAGUUAUAGAAGUUAUUGGACUUUUGUAUUGUUAGAUCUCAUACGAAGCUGCAAGCGAACACUCAGCAUAUCAGACCUCGCACAAAUGACAUCCAUUACCAAAGAUGACAUUAUUAGCACUUUGCGAGCUCUGAAUAUGGUAAAAUUUUGGAAAGGACAACAUGUGAUUUGUGUCACAGCCAAAGUAGUAGAUGAAUAUAUGAGAACAGCAGGAUAUAAAAAGCCUAUUUUAACUGUUGAUUCUACUUGCCUGAGAUGGGCCCCAAAAACUUACUCGUUAAAUAACAAGAAAUGA